UCAACCGCUCACCAAUCGACCGCUUGAUUGGAGGAGAUAAGGCUAUCCGCCGCGGUCGGAUCUUUGAAUUUUUAAAAAUUAAUUAUUAUAGGCCAAUACGGUAUUUAUAUUACAUGUUGCACAAUGCGAUGAGAACGUCACGCAGGCAUUGAUAUUUAGGUUUGAAGAUAAUAAUAAAAAGACGAUGCCUGGUGAAGCGCGGCUCCAUCAGUGCGCCUCUAUUGCAGGUCAUCUGAAAACAAUAGAUAUAUCAUGUCGUGUUUGAGCGUCGCAUGCAGCGCUGUUAUUGUCCUGUUCGGAGCGGUUUGCAGCGUUUUCAUAUUCUGUGAGUAUCUGAUUUAUUACGCCGCGAUAUUACAGUGUGGUUGGCCUGGGAUCGACCAUGGUGCCCCGGCGAGUGAGAGGAGCGCAGACGGCCAACCAGAGCCGGAGGUUCUCCGCGCUAUGGUGCUGUCAGACACGCACCUCCUCGGCGCUGUCGGAGGGCACUGGUUCGACAAACUGCGAAGGGAAUGGCAGAUGGAACGAGCUUUCCAGACCGCCCUGGCCCUGCUCCGACCUGAGGUCGUCUUUAUACUGGGGGAUGUGUUCGAUGAGGGGAAAUGGAGCUCUCCGAAGAACUGGGAGGAUGAUGUCUGUCGCUUCCAGAAGAUGUUUAGACAUCCCAGUGACACAGAGCUGGUAGUUCUGGUUGGAAACCAUGACAUCGGCUUCCACUACGAAAUGGACUGGUUCAAGUUACAGCGCUUUGAGAAGGCCUUCAAUACCACCUCCACCAGAAUGGUCACCAAGAAAGGAGUGAACUUUCUGUUGGUCAACAGCGUGGCGUUGCAUGGUGACGGUUGUCCUAUCUGCCAAUCAGUGGAGAAACAGCUUCACACACUGUCCAGGGACCUCAACUGUUCACUACUACAGAAUUCUGAGUCCAGCAUUAUAAGAGAAUACUGCCAAGACGCGUGGACCUAUCCUUCCACUACACCUAUCAUCCUGCAGCAUUACCCUCUGUACCGGGUGAGUGAUGCGGGCUGUACGGGUCGGGAUGCUGCUCCUCCUGAAGAGCGCCACCUGCUGUUCAGAGAGAAGUACGACGUGCUGUCUCAGGAGGCCUCUCACAGGCUGCUGCAGUGGUUUAAGCCCCGCCUGGUUCUCAGUGGCCACACCCACAGUGGUUGUCAGGUUCUCCAUGACAACAAGUACCCAGAGAUCAGUGUUCCGUCCUUCAACUGGAGGAACCGCAACAACCCCAGUUUCAUACUGGGUUCGUUCUCCUCCAGUGGUUAUGGCCUGUCUAAGUGUUUCCUUCCAGAGGAGAGUACAGUGAUAGCCCUCUACUGCUCUACAGGAGCCAGCCUCCUCUUCCUCCUCCCUCUGGUCCACUGCCUGUGGAUGCGAGGCCUUCUCCGAUGCCUCAUCCUCUGUCCAAUCAGCAAACACAAGUUUCUCUGACGGUCUCAGGUAGAGGUUGUCCCUGACUGCUGAAUGAUACAGGGUGAGAUAUGGGCUACAUCCCAUCUCAAAUGGCACCCUAUUCCCUAUUAAGUGCACUACUUUUAACCAGGU